AUGCGUGAUUUCAAUUUUCCCAAGCUUAAAACUGCCACAUCCAGCAGGUACUUUAUUUCCUCUCGAUCUCUUGGGAGGACUAAGAUAAACAUCAUCAUCAUCUUCAACAUCACCUUCCUAACAUCUUCCAAAUCAGAAUCACUCGACGAAUCCGAACUCUCGCUGGAGGAUAUCAUUUGCUUCCUUCCCCUCUUCCUACUUUUAUUCUUCUCCUUCACUUUUUCUCUAUUCUCCGCAAACCCGUUCGCCUUCUGCCCAUGUGAAGCACUAACAUCACGGCCAUCAUCCACACGUCAGCAUUGUGCUCAGCACCGUCCUCGGGUGCUGGUGCUUAAUACAGCAAAACGGGCAGAUGGUCGUGAACAUCUCCAGCCUCACAGAGUGACUCGGCUGCGGCUGGGCCGCUUGAUGCUGGUUCAGACCAGGACAGGUGGUUGGCCGACAGCUCGAAUCCGGCUGUCGUACACUGACUUCUUGGCAGGAUCUGAUAAAACGGCAUUUGCCUCGACAAUCAAUUUGAAGGCAGCUUCAGCACCUGGGAACCGGUUUUUGUCCGGGUGGAGAUUGAGAGCGAGCUUUCGGUACUGUUUUCUCACGGCUCAUCUGACAGCUUCUCAACCUGAAGGAUCCCAUACCAGUCCUUUUCAGCUCCUAAGAUUCUCAUUUGAGCCGAGCAGUGGACGUUGCAGAUGCCCAGCAGCUGGGAAAUGUUCUCGAGCUCUGGGUAGAGGGCCUGGGCCUUUAGGGCGAUCUUGCGGGCACCCUCGAAGUCGAGAUUUUCCAUCUUUUUCUCGGCAAUUUGUUUGGCCCGGAUUGCCUCGUCUUUGUUGCACUCCAUUGGUUUUGCGCGUAGUUGUAAAGUACAGGAGUGGAGUAGUGAGAGUUCCCUGA